AUGUAUGCAAAUUCGCCUGAUCCAGUGACGGGGACAGAUGCAGAUCUGAUUAACGUCGAGCACAACCCAAAGUCUUCCUCUAUUGAGGAGAAGGGCCAGCCGGGAUCAGAUCACCUGGAACGAGUCGUACAUAAUGACCAGAACCUUCACUACGACGAGGUCGACCAGGAGCCUGAGCUCCAUGCGAGAACUUGGCUGGCACUGACCGCUAUGAUGCUUCUGAAUAUGGUUCAAGUGGUUGCCCUUACUGGGCCUCCAGUCGUUCUCUCCUAUAUUGGUGCAAGUCUUGGGGAGACUGCGGUCCCGACCUGGGUUCCCAACGCUUUGUCUCUCGUCCAGGCGGUCCUUGGUCCCAUCAUUGCAGCCGCUUCUGAUACCUUCCAAGCUCGGAAAUUAAUCCUCGUUUGCACCUCGACCAUCUCGUUCAUUGGAGCAGCUAUCGCACCCGGAUCCAAAGAUAUUUAUCGACUCAUCGUCGCACAAACCAUUAUUGGAGUGGGCUUCGCUGCAGUGCCCCUCGCUUAUGCUGUGCCUAGCGAGAUACUCCCUAGAAGAUGGAGGCCAUUCGCGCAGGCUGGCAUCAAUGUUUCUGCAGCCUUGGGCUCAAUCCUUGGACCGCUCUCCAUCGGUGCGUUUACCAGAUCUGACCCUGUCCACGGGUGGCGCAACUUCUACUGGCUGCAAAUGGCACUAUGGGGGGCAACUGCCCUCUCUCUACUGCUGGGUUAUAGGCCACCGAAAAGACAUACUCGUUUAGACCAUCUAUCCAUCAAGCAGAAACUGAGCCACCUCGACCUCCCUGGGUUUGCUCUUUUCACGGCUGGACUGACCCUACUCCUCACUGGAAUUAACUUAGGCGGCCAACCAUGGCCAUGGGCCAGCGUACGUGUCUUGGCUCCUCUGAUCAUUGGCAUCGUUACCCUGGUAGCAUUUGGCAUAUACGAAUGGAAGGGGACACCAAGUGGAAUACUACAUCAUGAUUUAUUCCGUGGUGGAAAGUCACAGGGACGUGCUUUCACCAUCUGCGUUGGCCUUAUUGUGGUGGAGGCGAUAACUGGUUUCACAAUUACGAUCUUCUAUCCAAUCUUGAAUACAUUGCUCUUCGAAACCGAUCCAUUCUUACUGGCGGUGCGCAGCCUACCGUAUGCAGUUAUGAGUAUUAUAAGCAGCGUCAUCUGCGGAUACUUGAGCGUCAAGUUCAAAAGCAUCCGCUGGUUCAUCUUUUUUGGUUUUUUGGUGUUGACAGGGACUUGUGGGGGCUUCGCAGCAAUCCAACCUGAUGGUAACAUCGCUGCGAUGGCCCUGUCCGGUCUCUCAGGUCUUGGAUUAGGUCCUCCGCUCAUUCUCAUCAUCGUUGGCGUGCAGCUUUCGACGCCACACCGCCUGAUCGCCACUGCAACGGCGGUGACAUCUUCCGCUCGAGCUGUAGCAGCAGCAGUUUUCACUGCCAUUGUGACCGCAGUCUUCAACAAUCGAGUCGCGAGCAAUGUUCCUGCUUACACCGCCCAAGCAGCCGCGGGUGCUGGCUUGCCCCCUGAUUCACUCCCUGCAUUUAUCAAAGCUCUACUUGCCAACGACGCCGCUGCUUUGGCUCAAGUGCCUGGAGCCAGCCUGGCAAUCAUAGGAGCAAGUGUAAGGGCCUUGCACCAGGCAUUUGCGGAUUCGGUCAGAAUAGUGUUCAUCAUUGCGACACCCUUUGGCCUUGUAGCCUGCAUUGCUUGCUUCUUCUUGGGGAGUGUCUCGUCGACAAUGAAUUACAAAGUAGAUGCUCCUGUCGAAGAUCUCCAUGCGAAAAAGGCGGAUACUCGCCAUCGUGUUUAG